AUGUGUAAAGCUGACCAACUUGAGGCGAAAAAUAAACCCCCGGGGGGCACUAGUGAGGAUAUACGAUCACAUCUGGAGGAACUAAGCACUCGAGCUGCAGCAAAAGAUGCCAUCAAAGACUUCAAUGCAGCGGCUGAACUCUACUCAGAGGCAACGGAACUCCAGGCUGAGCUCAAUGGCGAACUCUCGCUAGAUAACUCUGAUCUACUUUUCGCCUACGGUAAGGCGCUAUACAAUGUUGCUGUGAGCAAAAGCGAUGUUCUCGGGUCGAAGGUAGCUGGAGAGCCUUCAGCUCAGUCGACCAAUCCACCGGCAGGAAAUUCCAUUUCUGCUGAGCAAACAGCAGCUGGUGGCAGCCUUGUUCAAAGCACCACUGUUAGCGGGCUGGCUAAGAAAGGUGCCGACGAGAGUGAAACGGCCCAAUCUGACGGGAAGGAAAACAAGCCCUACUUCCAGUUCACCGGCGAUGAGAAUUUUGACGACUCGGAAUCCGAAGGCGAGUACGAUGAUCAGAAAACCGGCGGCGGUGAUGAGGAUGAAGACGACUUUGCCAAUGCUUUCGAAGUCCUUGACCUGGCCCGUAUACUUUACCAUAAAAAGCUAAACGCUGCAGAGGAAGAUUCUGGGAAAGGGAAGUUUACCGAACUGCCCUCCGAUGUUAAGCACAUCAAAGAGCGUCUUGCAGACACGUACGAUUUGCAAGCUGAGAUUUCACUCGAGGCCGAGAGGUUUAAGGAUGCUGUCACCGAUCUCAGAACAGCGCUUGAGCUAAGACAAUCUCUCUUCUCAAUAGAGGAUCCUGCCGUUGCCGAAUGCCACUAUAAGCUUUCACUCGCCCUAGAAUUCAGCUCUGUUAACAAGCCAGCCGAUUAUACUGGGGAAGAUAAUGAGAACCAAAGCACUGUCGACGAAGAGACGAGGAAAGAAGCUGCCACUCAAAUGGAGAUGGCCAUUGAGAGUUGCCAGAUUAGAAUAGCUCAAGAGCAAAAGAGGCUGGAUAAUGAUUAUUCAAAUGAUGAGGACAAGGCCACAGCGAUGAAAAGGAAAAUAGCCAACGUCAAGGAUAUCGUCGCCGACAUGGAACAAAGGCUCAUCGACCUCCGUCGUCCACCGGUGUCACUUGAAGAGCAGGACCAAAAAAGUGAGGCUGUUCUAAAAGGCAUCCUUGGUCAGAUCGUUGGUCAAUCGCCUGUUCAGCAAAAGGCCAAGCUAGAUGCAGUUGCAAAAGAUGCGAAAGAUCUCUCUGCAUUUGUUAAGCGAAAGCCCACCGCUACCAAAUCUUCCCCACAGGUCGAAUCAACGAACAAACGACCAGCAGAGUCGGCAGAUAAGGAAGGCGAAGUAAAACGAACAAGGGUGGUCGAUGGUAGUAAUUCUGCUUCCUAA